UAUAGUUCCUAAAAGUGGUUGAAAAGUUUAUUAUAUUUUAUUAAAAAGGAACAUGAAAUUCUAAUCAAACGAAAAACUAAAUUUUACAGAAUGAUGCGGUAUUUCAGUAAACUUUAUAAGCAUAACCUUUUAUUUAAAAGGUCUUUAAGUAAGGACACUUCAACGAAUGGAGAUACAUUGCAAUAUUGUGCAAAUAUUGUCAGACAGUAUGACUAUGAAAACUAUUUGGCAACACUUCUUAUGACUAAACCUGUAAGGUCACCAGCAUUUGUCAUAAGAGCUUUUAAUGCAGAAGUAUCUCGUAUCCAGGAUCAAGCCUCUGAUCCUCAGAUAGCUGCAAUGAGGCAUCAGUUCUGGCAGGAUACACUCUCUUCUAUGUACAAAAGUGAACAACAUAUCUCCAAAAUUCCCGCCAAUCCUGUUGCAAAAGAAAUGUUUAAGGUGUGUGUACAUUACAAUCUGCCAAAAAGAUAUUUAGAAAGACUGGUUGUAUCAAGGAGGCAUAUGCUAACAAAAAAAUAUUAUAAUACCUUGGAAGAACUAGAAAACUAUGCAGAAAAUUCUGUAUCUUCAAUAUAUUAUUUACUUCUGUGUCUCGUUGGAGUGUCUGAUGUUCACGCUGAUCACACUGCAUCACAUCUAGGCAAAGCUCAAGGGAUAACAAAUAUUUUACGAUCUGUACAAAUUGCUAGUCACCACAAAAGUGUAUACUUGCCACUGGAUAUUCUCAUGAAACAUAAUGUCAGUCAAGAAUCGGUUCUGAGGUGCUUAGACAAUGCUACUAUGAGAGAUGUUGUCUUUGAAAUAGCAUCUCGUGCCAAUAGCCAUAUAGAAAAGGCAAGAAGUAUUGAAGUGCCAAAAACUGCUAAGCAAAUAUUUUUGCCUGCAGUCACAGUUAGCUAUUAUUUAAAAAAGUUACAGAAAACAAAUUUCAACAUUUUUGACAAGACCCUACAUAAUAGUGGUGUUAUAUUGCCUCUGACCUUAUAUUACAAUAGAGUAUUAAAUAAAUUUUAAUGUUUAUUUUAAUGUUGUGAUUUGUGAACUAGUUUCUGUUUUGAACAAUGUUUUUAAUAAUUUUAUUAAUGAGGAGCUGG